GGAGCGGGUCUGGGAUGUCAAGAUGGCGGCGUCGGUGGUGUCGGUCUUCCCCGGCGUGCGGCUCCUGACCAUCGGCGACGCCAACGGCGAGAUCCAGCGGCACCAGGAGCAGCAGGCGCUCCGCCUGGAGGCCCGCACCGGGCCCGACGCCGCCUGCCUGGCCCUUUACAGCCAAGAUGAUGUUUGUGUAUUCAAGUGUUCUAUAUCAAAGGAGACGGAAUGCAGUCGAGUCGGCAAACAGUCCUUCAUUAUCACGCUGGGAUGUAAUAGUGUCCUUAUACAGUUUGCAACGCCAAGUGACUUCUGCUCUUUUUAUAAUAUCUUAAAAAACUGCCGAGGCCACAAUGUGGAGCAGUCUGUAUUCAGUGAGCGUACAGAGGAGUCGUCUGCUGUGCAGUACUUCCAGUUUUAUGGAUACUUGUCCCAGCAACAAAAUAUGAUGCAGGAUUACGUUAGAACGGGCACCUACCAACGGGCAAUCCUGCAAAACCACAGUGACUUUAAAGACAAGAUUGUAUUAGAUGUCGGCUGUGGUUCUGGCAUCCUGUCCUUUUUUGCAGCCCAAGCCGGAGCAAGGAAAAUCUACGCAGUGGAAGCCAGCACGAUGGCUCAGCAUGCAGAGGUUCUAGUGAAGAGUAACAACCUCACUGAUCGUAUUGUAGUAAUUCCUGGGAAAGUGGAGGAGGUCUCACUUCCUGAACAGGUGGACAUCAUUAUCUCUGAGCCAAUGGGUUACAUGCUUUUCAAUGAACGGAUGCUGGAGAGUUAUCUACACGCCAAGAAGUAUUUAAAACCCAGCGGAAAUAUGUUCCCAACCAUUGGGGAUGUCCACCUAGCUCCGUUCACAGAUGAGCAGCUCUACAUGGAACAAUUCACAAAGGCAAACUUCUGGUAUCAGCCGUCCUUUCAUGGUGUUGAUUUGUCAGCACUUCGGGGUGCAGCAGUAGAUGAAUAUUUCAGGCAACCUGUUGUGGAUACCUUUGAUAUCAGGAUUUUAAUGGCCAAAUCUGUUAAAUAUACAGUGAACUUCUUAGAUGCCAAAGAAGCAGAUUUGCACAGGAUAGAGAUCCCCUUCAAGUUCCACAUGCUGCAUUCAGGUCUGGUCCAUGGGCUGGCUUUCUGGUUCGAUGUAGCUUUCAUUGGUACAAUAAUGACCGUUUGGCUCUCGACCGCUCCCACAGAACCUCUGACCCAUUGGUACCAAGUUCGGUGCCUCUUUCAGUCUCCGCUUUUUGCUAAGGCUGGUGACACACUCUCAGGGACGUGCCUUCUCAUUGCCAACAAGCGGCAGAGUUACGACAUCAGUAUUGUUGCUCAAGUGGACCAGACAGGCUCCAAGUCCAGCAACCUCCUUGAUCUGAAAAACCCAUUUUUCAGGUACACAGGUACAACUCCUUCACCCCCGCCAGGCUCGCACUACACCUCUCCUUCAGAGAACAUGUGGAACACGGGCAGCACCUACAACAUGGGCACCGGGAUGGCUGUUGCUGGGAUGCCCACAGCCUAUGAUCUCAGCAGCGUGAUUGCUGGGGGCACCAAUGUUGGCCACAACAACCUUAUUCCUCUAGCCAACACUGGGAUUGUCAACCAUACCCAUUCCCGGAUGGGAUCCAUCAUGAGCACAGGGAUUGUCCAAGGCUCAUCUAGCGGUCAAAGCGGAGGAACCUCAAGCUCCCACUACCCUGUCAACAGUCAGUUCACUAUGGGAGGCCCAGCGAUCUCCAUGGCCUCGCCCAUGUCCAUCACCACCAACACAAUGCAUUACGGGAGCUAAGAGCCCCUCGUCCCUGAUCUCUGAACUCACAGCACCAGGAAACCAAAUGAAGAAAAAGUUUCAUCUGCCUGCUGCGCCUCAACAGUUUGGCAAUCACUUCUCGGGAUCUGUCCUCUCACCCAACUCCCAUUAGGCUUGCCCUUGUACAAUAGAAGACACCCCCCAGUGGCCCUUUGAUAGUGGACUUGUACACUUUUUUUAACGAAAUGUUGGAAAAUUCAACAUACUCAACCAUGACUUGAGUCCCUGUGCUCACAGUGUCUUACAACCAAUCAUGUUGCUAAUGGGGUGACUCUUCAGCCUUCGAUACCAGAUCGGCUGUAGACACAGGUUGUAGAGCAGAACCGCAACAGGGCCUUCGGCAGUAUUUUGAGCAGCUCAGCUGGGGCAACUUGAGCCAUUUUUUUUUGUGCCCAGCAUUUUGAAAGAAGAAGCAGCGGCUAGCUGUAAAAUGGGCAAAGGUGAACGUCCAGCUGCACAUCCUCGAUUUCCCACCCACCCCAGCCUCUGGGCUAGUGUUUACUGCUUUAAUAAGACUUAGGAAGUGUCCCUCCCACAGCAGGGAACCAGCCUCCCUGGUUGUUUGGAGGGGGUUCUCACUGCUGUCGGUCUUGAGCCUUCAGAAGCACAUCCGAGAUGAGGUGCAUUGUUGGGGUACAAGCAUCUAGUCAGCAGGUCUGAUAAAUGUUUGUCUCUGGGGGAAACCUUGCUGUGGCAUCAAGAGGUUAAAAAUUUAGAACAAGUAUUUACCAAAAAUGGUUGCUGGCUGAAAGUGAAUGGAUGGUGUAUUGGUUUCCUGAUGCUCAUCUGGAUGGGCUGCUCGGUGGCGGCCCCCCAUUAUCUGCUCUGUGUCCUCUAGGCUGUCUCAGCUGCCUUUGGCCCCUCUCCCCUCUCCCGAGCAGGCAGUGGGGGCUGGAUGGCAAAUGGCUUCUUACGUAGACUGACUUGCCCGCUGCACUAGCCACCAGGGACUCUAGCAUAGAUUGUUCUGGCAUCUGUUAUGGAAGCCCCUGUUCCUUUGUAGUCUUUGUAUGUGUAACCUGUAGCCAUGUAUGGUAUUCCCACCCACCCCCCUUUUCAAGAGCCACUAGCUGGCAUUUUUGAAAGGACUUGGCAGGGACCCUUUUUACGGAGAGAGAGAAGUGUGUUUCACUUUGGCAUUUUUCUUUUGCCUCCCAAUAUGGGCUUGCUGGGAUGAUUUGUGGGGAGGAGGGAGGGGCAUUGUGCAAAAGCUCCGUAAGUGGCUGAAUUGUGUGGAGUCUGCACAGAGCCAAUUGUGAAGUCUGGAUGAUCAAUGAUUUUGUGACUGUUAAAUAAAACUGGGAAGGUUUUGAA